AUGUCAGACAUAUACAUGUAUAAACAGAUGUGUACAGCACCAUCAGAAAACCGCAAUAUCAGAGAACAGCAACAUCAGAAAACAGCAACAUCAGAAAACCACAACAUCAGAAAACAACAACAUCAGAAAACAGCAAUAUCCGAAAAGAGCAACAUCAGAAAACAGCAACAUCAGAAAACAGCAACAUCAGAAAACAACAACAUCAGAAAACAUCAACAUCAGAAAACAACAACAUCAGAAAACAACAACAUCAGAAAACAGCAAUAUCCGAAAACAGCAACAUCAGAAAACAGCAACAUCAGAACAGCAACAUCAGAAAACAGCAACGUCAGAAAACAGCAACAUCAGAAAACAGCAACGUCAGAAAACAGCAACAUCAGAAAACAGCAACAUCAGAAAACCACAACAUCAGAAAACCACAACAUCAGAAAACAGCAACAUCAGAAAACAGCAACGUCAGAAAACAGCAAUAUUAGAAAACAACAACAUCAGAAAACAGCAACAUCAGAAAACAACAACAUCAGAAAACAACAACAUCAGAAAACAGCAACAUCAGAAAACAGCAACAUCAGAAAACAUCAACAUCAGAAAAUAGCAACAUCAGAAAACAGCAACAUCAGAAAACAGCAACAUCAGAAAAUAGCAACAUCAGAAAACAGCAACAUUUGA